GUGCGCUCGCGGCUCACAUUCAUUCCAUUUCGAGUCGUCGGCCCGUACAGACGUCGAAUCGUACCGUUCUUAAACAGAAACCGAAACAGAAACCGACACAGACCGUGGCAAGAGAGCGCGUGCGUAACCGUUUCCGUUUAACUACCAAGAUCGUCGUAAUUCGCCAGCGGGCUAAAAUUGGCUAAAAAUACAAAACUGGGCAGUGCAACUGGGCUUGCAACCAAGAACUGAUAAAACGAGAAAAAUUAUCUCCUCGGUGUGCAAAACGAAGAAAAAACUUGUUCUAGAAACUACAAAACUGAACUGAACAAAAGAAAAUCUGGUCUAAAGUGGAAAUUAUAUUGUACUGCCGGAAUAAAAAAAAAAGCAUCUUAAAGUGCAAAGCCAACCAGCCAGCAGCUAUCCCGAGUGGUUUUUAUCUGAUAGAUGUCACAUCUUAUCUUAAGCUGUCUGUGUAUCUGAGUGUGUGUAUCUUCAGUGUGUGUGUGUGUGUGUCGAAAACAGCUGUCGAGUGCCCUUGAGUGGGUGGACAAGAGCUUCUCUGUCUCUAGUUCUCUCACAGUGAUCAUCAAUUAUGACGGCCGAGACCCUCAAGCCGUUCAUUACGCCAACGAGCACCGUGGAUGACUUUCCGGCCAAGCCGGCCAUUACGGCGACCGCCCAGCGACGUACCCGCCAGCUCAUCCCCCUUGUCAUGGGGGUCAUUGGUCUGGGACUGGUCGUUGCCAUUCUCAGUUUAACGAUAUGGCAGACCACGAGGAUCUCGCAUCUGGACAAGGAACUGAGAAGCCUCAAGCGAGUGGUCGACAAUCUCCAGCAGCGACUGGGCAUCAACUAUCUGGAAGAGCUUGACGAGUUCCAAAAGGAGUACGAGAAUGCACUCAUCGACUAUCCCAAGAAACCGGAUGGCUACACGGACGAAGACGAGGACGCCGAUGGCAUGGAUCCCGAUGCCGAUGACGACACGGACGACUGGAAUGCUCUCGGCGAAGAGGACGACGAUGAUGAUGAUUUGGGCAUGGACUAUGCGGAGUACGAGGACAUGAUCAACAAGCUGAAGAAGGAGGAGGAGACCACUUCCGAGUCCAGCAUUAGUACCACAGAUGACGGAGACAACACCUCCGCCUCGUCCUCGGCCUCGAAUGAUGACAAUGUGUUCGAGGACUUUACCAGCUUUAAUGCCUCCAGAAAGAAGAAGGAUAGAAAAUCCCGAUCCAUUGCUGAAGUUCGCAAGGAUCUGCAGUCGGUGAUGGCCAACCAAACUGAGGUAGAGGAGAAGUCCUCCGCUGAGGCAGCUUCCAAGGAGAGCAGUAGUCCAUCCUUGCACCAUCGUCGCCGCUUCCGCCAUCGCUCCAGUCGCCAGCGCAGCUUGGUCCGCAAAGGUGACUCUCUUAUUUCAGCCAAAUCCGUGAACAGUCCCACGUCCAGAACGCCAGCAGCCCACUUCCAUUUGACGCGCAAGGUGCCGCAUCACCAGUCAUCGAUUCAGCCCACCUCCUACAAUGGAGACAUGUACAUAGGCGAUGGCCACGAUGGAAAUGGAAAUGAUUGGCAACAGCACUUCUCGAUUCGCGAUGGCGUCUUGACGGUUCACCAGCCGGGCCUAUAUUACGUAUACGCCCAGAUCUGCUACAACAACACCCACGAUCAUAACGGAUUCAUUAUCUUCCGGGGCCAUAAUGCCUUCCUGCAGUGUCUCAACACAGUGCCCACGAACAUGGUACAGAAGGUGCACACCUGCCACACCAGUGGCAUCAUAAACCUGGCCGAAAUGGAAACCAUUCAUCUGAGGGACAUACACCAGGAUCGGGGUACAGUUCUGCGAAACUCCAACAAUCGCAGCUACUUUGGCAUUAUUAAGUUGUGAAAUGGGGAUUUGGGAUGCAAUCCCCGGCCAUCAGAAGAGGAGGAGAAGGAGGAGGACACACCAGUCGCCAGUUUUUAAGCUUUAGCUCGUGAAUGCGAUUCAUCGUCAGCGUGGAUCCCCUAGCUCGUAGUACCUAGCUUUAGUCACAGCUCAUACCUAAUCUCAAUACGAAUCGCACGAAAAUCAUAUUUAUUUUGUAUAUAUACUCCCUCGACUAUAUCGAAAAGUGAAUAAAAUUAUAGUCCAAAAUAAGAUGUAA